AUGGCCUCCGUCGCGUUCACGCUCCUGACGGCGCUCGCUGCCCGCGCCUCGGCCAAGACCCAUAAGACGCCGACACCUCAGAUGGGAUGGAACAGUUACAACUACUACAACUGCUACCCCAAUGAGACGCUGAUCAAGGAGAACGCACACGCCUUGAUCAACACGGGUCUAGCCGACGCCGGGUACACCACCGUGACUACCGACUGCGGCUGGCCGGCCAAGGAGCGCUCCGCUGACGGCGAGCUCGUGUGGAAUCCGGAGUUGUUCCCAUCCGGAGGCGGCAAGGAGCUCGGUGAUUACAUCCACAAUCUCGGCCUGAAGUUCGGCGUAUACUCCGGCGGCGGGUACUACCAAUGCGGUUCCACAGAUCAACCCGCUUCUCUCGAUCAUGAGCUCACCGAUGCCAAGUCAUUCGCCGACUGGGGCGCAGAUUCCCUGAAAUACGAUAACUGCUACGCGGUCGAGCCCACGGUUAUGGUCGACUACGUUUCCGAAGAGGCCGUUUCACCGGAUCGCUUCGUAGCCAUGGCAGAUGCGUUGAACACAACAGACCGAGACAUCCUCUAUCAAGUCUGCCAAUGGGGGACCGGAACUGACCUGGGAAUCUGGGCGCCCAAAAUUGGUAACAGCUGGAGGAUCAGCAACGACAUCUACAACGGCUGGCGCAGCAUUUGGCGGAUCACGAACCAAGUUGUUCCUUUUUACAAGUACACCGGCCCUGGUGCUUUCCCCGACAUGGACAUGUUGCUCAUUGGUCUCAGCGCCCUGUCGAUUGAGGAGGAGAAGUUCCACAUGGGAAUGUGGGCCAUCAACAAGUCUCCCCUUACCCUCGGUGCCCCCGCUAUCCCCGGUCUUGUCCCGGAAUCAGCCCACGAGAUCCUCGUGAAUAAGGAAGUCAUCGCUCUCAACCAAGACCCCCUCGCCAAGCAGACAGAACUCGUCCGUCGCUACACCGAGGAGGAGUGGGACGUCUGGGCCGGCGAGUUAUCGGGCUCCCGCCUCGUGGUCGGCCUGGCAAACUGGAAGAACGAUUCCCAGGCCGUGAGCGUCGACCUUGCGGCCGUCUUGGGUGUCGCCUCGGCCAACGCCCGUGACGUAUGGGCGGCGAGUGACAUCGGCUCCAUCUCGGGCACGUACGAGACGACGUUGAAAGGCCACGAGCUCAAGUUGCUCGUGCUCUCGGACCUCUCCACGACGGCACCCGCCGUCGACGCGUCAGCCGGAUAUUACACGGCCACUGCUGCCGCGCUGUCUGGCUCAGCCUCCAAGGUUACUUGCGCAGAGGGUCAGUGUCUCCCAAGCAGUACAAAGGUGGGGAAUAUCGGUUCAGGGGCCGCGGUCAAGUUUGAGGGCGUUGAGGCCAAGUCAGAGGGCAAGAAGCUGCUUGGCGUUGACUUCAUCAACUAUGAGAUCGCCCUCGACUCCGCAUGGCAGUUUGGUUCCAACACCCGUAACUUGACUAUCUCCGUCAAUGGUGGUACCGAGAAGCGGUGGGCCUUCCCCAUCUCCGGCGGCAACUGGUUUGAUACUGGCCGCUUGCUCGUCGAGGUCGAUGGCUUCAAGGGCGAUAGCUCGAACACGGUGGAGUUUAAGUCGUUUGGGAGUGCUUGGGCCCCGGACUUGGUUGGUAUCGAGGUUUUCGAGGCCAGCUAG